AUGUUGGUUGGUUUUUUCUUCUUUUUGAUGAUGAUUGAAUGCAGAAUUCAGAUGAAUAAGUAUCGGGCUCGUAUUUUGAGUUCCAGUCAAGUUCCAAUUCUGCAGGAUUUUUCUCCACUCACGAAUCUUGGAAUGUCGUCAAAUUAUUUAAUUUUCAUUGAUCUCCCUGAACUUGUAAGCGAUCCAGAAUCAAUGGUAAAAAAAGUUAAUUUCGUUCGAAGUUCAUAUAAGAACGUUCAGAAAAAUGAUCCUCUCAUUUCGGAUCCUCUUGAUAGUGACGAUAAAGAGAAUUCGCGAAUCAAGUAUGACGGAAAUCCAUUAGAAUGCUCUUUUCUCACUUUGGAAAAGCUUAAAAGCAACUGCAAAGACGAUGGUUUGCUCAUAUUUCUUUUGGUUUCUUCUUCAAUUCUUUAAGAUAUAGAUGGAAUUAUAAAUUUUGAAAACAGUCAAGAUUCGUUCGACUGCAAUCCAUUAUCUCUUUCUGAAGCAGUUAAUCUUCGCAAUUCGUCAGUUUUUGACCUUUUUUGACAGCUAUUUUGAAAGCUCAGGAUUCACAAUUAUGGUAAGUUGAAAAUCGAAAAGCUAGAAGAAGACCUACGAAGCCAUCCAUGCUGGGUUGCGGUCCACAACAACAGCUUUCCUUCGAUCUCGCUUCUGAGCUGUGGCGUCGCCAAGAACCAGCAGAAUUUUGUCGGAAUCACACGUUCUUUGGGUUUUUGAAUUUGAGAAGUAAAUGACAUGAUUUUCUUCUAGGAAAGUUUCUGCCUCACAAGCAACUCGUUCUCAAUCAACUCAAUGGUACUUUCGACAGGAAGCAGACUUGCCAGACAAGGAAAUUCCGAUCUCUUUACAACGUCUGACUGUCUAUUUCUGCGCGAUAUUGCAUGAAUUUCUUACAGAUGCUGUCUAGUUCGGCGUCUUCUCUUUUUGUGAAACCAGGAACGCUUUCUGUCGAGAUUAAUUGGUCAGGAGGGGUAAGGAAUUCACUUUUUCUUUUUUUUCACUUUUUCAGUUAUUUCACUUUUUCAGUUAUAGUCCUAUGUUUUACUUUCUGCCACGAUUUUUGAAUCGGUGAUGGAGCAUUUUCUGUAGUACUGCUCACUAGAUUUCAUUUAAAUUUCUAGGAGUUUUUGAGGGGAACGUAACAUAUGGGAUUCAAAGUUUCGUUGCUACGGUUGAGUACUUAAAAACAAACUAAAAUUUAGUUUCGAAGCUCCGUAGAUUACCAAGAAAAAGCCUGUCGAAAUAUAAAAAAAGAUGUAGAUAAUUUUUUUGGUUUUUGAUAAUUUUAUCAUUUUUCCAGGAAACAAUCAUUGGUGUGUUCAUUGACUUGAUAAAAAAGGAAUCAAAUGAAAAACGUCUACCCGUUUCAAUUUAAGGAAGGUGUCGGAGUGCUUUCUGAGCCCGUCUGCGAGUCCAAUUGCACUAUCCGAAUCGACCCCGGCUGGCUAGACGAACGUUUUGUGGGCUUUGACGCCACCUUCAGGCAACUCGACCUCAUUUUGGUGGGAAAUUCGUUUUUAUUAAUUUUGAAAUGAUGACGUUGACUUCUCCAGAAAAUGGCUCUUGUUCUCAAUAAACCGGAGCGCGAACUGGUUUGGCCGGCGGUUGAGGCCGUUCAGAGCGGUAAGAACGUUGAAGACAUGCUCCUGGAGGUCAUCGAGUUCUGUUCGAGCAGAGAGAAUGUCGCCUACGACAGCUCGAGGUCUUUUCAAAAGGCGUGUCUGUUUGAAAUGAACAACUCAGGGCGCUGGAUGUGACGGAACAAGUUUGGAAUGUGCUGGCCAGAUGCGAGAGUCUGGAACAGUCUACUCGUCUCCUCAAUAUUUUCAUGAAUGCUCUGCGUCACGGGCGAAUCCGCGCCACGGUAUAUCACAGUCCGGGGCUUUCUUAAGAGUUAAAACAAAAACAAUUGUUAAGCUGUGUUUUUCCUUGACUUUUCCAUUUCAUUCCGUUUAAUAUUUUAUUUUCGAUUUUGAUCGAUACUUUGAAAUUUCAGGGUAGUAAAUAAGCAAUAAACUGAAAACGCGAAAUAAAUCGAUUAUCACAACAAGGUUUUUUUGAAAUAAAAACUUCGCUUCAAGGAUUCAUCGAAAUAUUUUGCCAUAAAAAAUUUUGUUGUGGAAAACUCCCGAACACUGCGCUCUUGAAAACGAUCAAUUAUUCAUUUUUUUGGACUUUAUUCAUUUUCACGAAAAAAGUAAUCAAAGAAAUAAAAUAUCGGAGAAAUGAAAAAAAAAAACUCAUUUUUGACUAAAGAGUCAGUCGUUCGCCUUUUUUUUUGCAAAUCUGCGGCUAUUUUAUGCGUAGAGUUCUGUAUUAGAGUUGCUAUUGUACACGUUUUAUCAAUGUUAAGAGAAAUGGAAGCCAUUUACCAAUUUCAAAGACCGGUCCUGACUCAACUUUGGUCGGUCAUUUACUAUUUGAUAUCAAACGUUUUCCAGGUUCAUGGAGACAACAAAAGCAGACUUGCUCGUUUGGUCCAAGCUUCGCUCAUUGGAGACUUUUCCCAGCCGCGACUUGAGAGGUUGAACACAAUCGAGAUGAUCAUGGAAAUCGGCGUAGAGAGCCGCAGAAGGUUACUCAGCACCAAUUAAAAUGCAAAAACCUUUCGUGUUCCGAUUUUACUCAAUUCUUGUGAAAAGUUCGUCAAACUAAAAAGAAAAAAGCCCAUAGCCAAGAAGUUUCCUAAAUUAGGCGCAGACUUGUUCUGCGCCAUUUGGGUUUAGGCUGGGUUGGAAAAAAAGGGCGUUUCGUUAACUUUUUCUCUUAAUCGAAUAAGUUGUAAAACACAAUUUUUAGGAUUUUUUAAACACAAAACCGAAUAUCCUCAUUCGGUUUCAGUUUGAAAAUACAGACAUUUUCUUCGGAAUCAGCUUGACAAACAGGUGUUUGAAUUCUUUUUGUAUUGUCAAUGGUUUUUCUCGCGUCCAUUUCAGUUGAACUCGGCUUCAGUGCCGAGACUUCCGUAAAAAAACUUUAAAACUGCAACUGAAUUGAGAAUUUAUUUAAAAAAAAGGAAAUGCUUAGAAAUUGCAUUUUUUUUGCUUUAGACAUUGAGAAUUUUUUCCGUUCUGAUUUUUUUCAGGUCAAGUUUAUCUAUGACCUAGAAAUUAAACUUUUCUUACAAGGAAGGUCAUUUUACUUUGCGAUUGGGAAAUUAUUGAAAAUAAGCAAGAACAGUCCUUGUUGUACAAGAUGAAGAUCCUGAAAGUCUCAACCUGCAUAACUUUCUAAUUUAGGAGGAGUAAGGGCCUAAAGCCCCUAAAUAGCCGAUUUUAAUUUGGAGGGUUUUCUUCGACUCAAAGGCAUUUUUUCUCAAAAACGAGGAAUUUGUGCAGGUUUGAACUUUCAGAAUCGUCUUCUGGUUGCAGGAAAAUCCCAACUGCGAAGAAAAAUGACCUCCCUUUUUUAGCUUUUUUUUUUCUCAUUUCAUAGACGUUAGGACCUCUCUUGAAGGUCGACAAAACUUUCUUAAGCAAUAAUAAAUGUACUCUUUCUGUUUUGAGAACUAAUGCAACUUCCAGAAACCUGAUCGCAAAGUUCCUGACGUCGCAGUUUCUUUUCUCGGAAGCUGAGGUGGAGACUGCGUUGAAGGAGUGCGAGGUCAACUGCAAGGACAUGAGUGAGCCCGAAGCUCGCGCCUUCGCCCUCAUCCCUCUCACUCUCGCCUACAUCGCCGUUUCUCAUAUCGAGCGGCUUCUCAACGAUGACGCGAGAAGGAACCUCAUCGAUCUGACCAGGUUUCAGGACUUUCACUUCACUGAACAUUUUGAGGGCUUGAAGGGUUAAAAUCGAUUUGAUUGCCGUGAAUUAUGACAAUUUAAACGAUUUCAGUUCGUCGAAAUUCAAAGCUUUUGUAAGUCAUAGAACAGUCACGAAAAUUUCACUAUAACUGGUAGAGUAAAUUCUGUCAUUCAAGUGACUGUCUGUAUUUAUAAAAUUCACAUUUGGCUGUUUUUUUAAUAUUUUAAUUUUCCGCUCGCUAUCGUCUUCUUCAGUCGGGGGAAAAAACUGUUAGAAUCUGCCAAAAACUAUCUGUGUACAAUUAGAAAAUGGACGAUGAAACUUCGAGAGGUGAAACCCAUUGCAGACGAGAAAAUUAAUUUUUCGAAUUGAGAAGCAAAAAGGGGCGAAUAAGUCGGAAAGGCCUUGUUUAAGGUUGUGAGGUAUCUCCUCAUCUUCUUGUUUCGAAAAUAUUUCGCACAAUUUUCUUCGAAUCCCGAGUUGGAGAGAAAUUUAAUGGUUUUAACUCAAUUGCUGACGAGAAUAAUAGAAGAAUGAACUUAUUAUUGGAAGGUCAGUCAAAAAUAAUUUCGAUAAGAUUUUGUUUUUCCGUAGUUUAUUAUUCAUGUUUACAGGAAAAUAAUUGCUCAGUACGUGAACUUGUUUUCUCGCCGCGGGGAGGAUUCUCACAAGUACUUGUUCCAGACGACGUUGCCGCUGUCUCGCUUCAAUUUGCAGCACCUGAAAAAGUGCGAAGAGUUCAAAAAUGAUGAUGAUGAAAUAGAGAAAGAUCGGAACGAAUUAAAUGGAAGAUCUGAUUAGAACGAAGAGCUGCUAUUACAAAAUGCUAUCGAGUAUGUGUUGAGAAAGCAAGUUUCAGACGACAGCCCGAGGUUUGGUCUAGCGAAACUACGGUUCACCAGGGCCGCAGUCUUGUCGCGCGGAUGCUCACUUCUCUGACUCUCGGACAGACUUUCCCAUAUCUGCAGGAGCAAUCCCUCGCUGAACUUGAGAGCUUCAAGGUCACUUUUCUUUCUUUCAUCCCGAUUUUUCCGUUUUUUUUUUGCAAAUCAUGACUGACAAUCGAUAGAAAAGCUUUAUUUUGAGCUUUUUAAACAUAUGAAAAAAAUUUGAUUUCUCUAGAGCUGUUUAAUGAUUAGAAAAUUUUUUUCAUAACUUUUUAAAAAUGCUCACCAAGAAACUGAAAAAAAUGGUAACCCUUUUUGCCAACACCCCCCAUUUUUUUCGAUCUUUUGCAAGUCCGCUCUCCCUUUCAGAUCCCACCGAGACUAUCCCAUGUAUAAUCGCAAUUUCGAUUAAAAUUUUGUAGAAUGUAAUCCUAUAGUCUCACGUGCGUAAGAUUUCCAGCAAGUGCUCGAACGCCUUCUACAUAGCUUCUCAACAUCUUUUACUUGGAAAAAAGCCUACCGAAAGUUUUCCGGCAGGUUUCUGGAAGGCAUCUUCCAUUUUCACCUUCGAAAUAGCUUCCAACUACCUUCCGAAUACCUUCCAAAGGUUUUCGUAAACCUUCUAGCUUCCAUACACCGUCCAACCUCCUGCUGGUUACCUUCCCAACACCUUCUCAGAAUUUUCCUGUUGAUGGUCUUAAAAAAAAUUUUCUUCUGAGCACUCUGGGGCACUGGGAAAAAGUCAGUCGAACGGAGAAAGAAAAAAACUUUUCGACCUCUCCUCUCGGUCAUGAAAAGGCUGAUGCUUAGAAGAACUAACCAUGUAUGACUGGGGAAACAGUCAUUUCUAUUUUAUUUAUUUUUCGGCUCACAUGAAAAAUAUACCGCUCUGGGCUGCACUUGAAAUUUUUCUCUUGUUAUCAAAAGGAACUCUCGAAAAUUCUGUUUUCCAGGCUGAUUCGAUGCUCGAAAGUUCUUCGGAGUACAACGUUUCUCACAGCACCUUCACCUUCCAUGUAGAGAAACCCUGA